UUAACUACUCUAGCAUUACUGUGGAUUGAUGUUGUGAUGCGUGACAUAUUUGCGAGAAUUGGAAUGACUAGAAUAUUUGGAAUGCAAUAUGUUACAUAUCCUCAUUUGGUGUAUGAAUUUUUUAGCUCGUUUGCGUAUACGAAAGAUGUGGAUGAUCAUGCAAAUGACAUCAUCACCUUUCGUUUACUAAAUGAAAAUCGUUCAUUAACCAAAAGGGAAUUUGCUCAACACUUUGGCCUCCCAUUAUUUGAUGAAGCACGUACAUAUGAUUCUCUUGUGGGAUAUGAGUUGUGGAAGAGAAUGACAGGAAAACCUGUGGUUGAUCUUUCUAAGCUGAGCGUGAACCGUGUGCAACAUCCGGUCUUCCGACUAUUCUUAAAAUUUUGCUCAAAUUGUUUUCUCGGAAGACCAAAUAAUCAUCACACACGGAUUUGGGAUGUGUGCGUUCUAGCACAAGCUGUUUUGCCUGGCCCGGAUCAAGUUGAUGUUGCCACCAUCUUAUGGACCCAUUUCUACAACGUGGCAACAUCAACAGGACCAAUUGUGAUGGGGGGCCUCAUCACACAUAUAGCCACUUUAUAUGGUUUUGUAGACCACGGCCCCAUCACCUCAAGACAACUUAUUUGCACUGAAUGGCUUGUAACAAAGACCCUAGACUUGGUAUCCUCUCACAAAACACCAACCGGGGCACAAGUCUAUAAUUGGCGCAUCCUCCCACGCACCUCCAUCUACCUCCAAAUACCCUCGGCCGACGUCCCCCUGGAUAUCAUCGAUCACCAAAUCGGGGAUGGUCAUCACUAUUGUCUUCCCGGGGCAAUCCCGGAUCAUUAUGAAGAACCCAUCCAAAAUGAAGAUGAUGAAGAACCACCAAUCAUACCCGAACAACCCCCACUAAUGCCUGAACAACCACAACCUCAAGCUUUUCACUACACACCUUUCGAGCAACAAAUGCUCGAUAACAUGGCCAUGCUCAACAACAACUACACCCAACUUCGGAAUGAAGUUGGAUUAUAUCGUACGGAGCACAGGCAGAGCUUUGAGAGGAUGGAGGAGCAGCGGCAGGCAGACUGGCGUAGAUAUGAGGAAGACCGCCGGAGAGAUGAGGAGGACCUACGGAGGACCUAUGGUCCUAUUUAUUCCUAUAUGGCGCAUCAGGGUGGAUUUGCAUCUAUGACCACUCCCCCUCCCGCACCCUCUUGGUAUGAUCCCACUGCAUGGGGUUAUUUUGGAGGCUCGAGUUCCGGUGGUGGAGGCGAUGAUGGUGGUUAUGGCGGUGAUCACAUGGAUGAGGACAGACACCAUGGUGGCGGUAUGGGCGGGCACUAGGGACAGUGCAAUGACUCAGCUGGGGGGAGACUGUUCUGGAUCCUAAGGGUGAUGAUGAAAGGGAGUUCGUUGGUGAGAGAACCGAUUUCGAAGACCUCUUGAUGUUGGGGAUAUUUUUUGUAAUCAUUCUGCUUCUAGAUACACUUUAUGGUGGUUGUUUUGAUACUGUUGUUUUGAAGACUUC